GGAACCCAGCGCGGCACAGCAUUCACUGUUCGUCAACGCCUGCAUCCGCCGCGACAAGCCCGCCUGUUCUCUCGACUGCGGCGCUGCGACGCGGUGAAAUGUGACCUUGCCGAAUCCCCAGCUGCUUCAAUUCGUCCAUUCCUUCACUUCUUCUUUGUUCCUCCCCCUCCGUCAAGAUGCGCGGCCUUCUCACGCUACUCCUGGGCUCCCUCGUCCCCAGCUCCCUCGCUGCUGCUGCUGCCGCCGCCGCAUCAUCACCACCAUCCUCAACGUCCGAAUACCACGAACAGCUAAACCUCCGCCCGUUGCCCCUCAACUCCCUCCUCGCCAGCUUCAAUUUUCGCUCCAACACUUCUCUCGCCGACUUCGAGGCCCACAACUUCCGUCUCUUCCCACGGUCUCUCGCGCAGAUCCUCCAGUAUGCUGGGACCCGGGAGCUGCACCUGCGCUUCACUCUAGGCCGCUGGGAUGCGGAGCGCUGGGGAGCGCGACCCUGGGAUGGCACCCGCGAAGGUGGCACCGGUGUUGAGCUGUGGGCGUGGCUCGACGCGAAAACGGACGCGGAGGCCGCCGAGAACUGGUUGACAUUGACGAAUGCACUCUCCGGGCUGUUUUGCGCCUCACUCAACUUCAUUGACGAAACGAGAACCAUUCGCCCCGUCGUGUCAUUCCAGCCAGAUGGUGACCAUGAUAAUGCGACGCUCGCAAACCUGAGGCUGCUCCAUGGCGUGCUGCCGCACGAGGUCGUUUGCACGGAGAACCUUACCCCUUUCCUCAAGCUUCUGCCCUGCAAAGGCAAGGCCGGCAUCGCGAGCCUUUUGGACGGCCACAAGCUCUUUGACGCUUCCUUCCAGAGUAUGGCCAUUGAUGUGCGACCAAUUUGCUCACCCGGCGGCCGCGACUGUGUCUUGGAGAUGGAGCAGACCAUUGAUAUGGUUCUCGACGUCGACCGCUCCAAGCGCCCUAGGGACAAUCCGAUCCCCAGGCCGCCUCCUGCCGACCAGCUCCUCUGCGACACCUCCAAGCCCUACCACAACGACGAGACAUGCUAUCCUGUAGAUCACGUCCAGGGCCAAGACUGGACCCUCUCCGAGAUCUUUGGUCGCACCAUGAAGGGAACAUGUCCGUUGUCCAACCCCGACGAGGCGCCUGUCUGUCUCCAUGUGCCCAACUCUCGUGCCGUCUUCUCAACGCAAGGCACGCAUGAGAUCAAGAGCCACGACGGCAUGCUCCGCUGCUACACCUUGCCGCAGGACAGCGACUUCACCCUCGUCCUAGCCAAGCCCGAGCCCGACGACGCCGCUGCGGGCAGGGACCUUGUCCAGCCAGAGCGACCCCUGCUCUACGCCGAGCGAAGUUUCAUGGGCCAUGGCCAGGAGCACGGCGGCGUACAGGCCAUUCUCACGAACCCAAGCGACACAGAGGUUGAGUUCGUCUACAUGGAGUCCCUACCGUGGUUCAUGCGCAUAUACCUCCACACGCUGUCGACGCGCAUCUCUUCCUCCUCCUCCAACUCCGCCACUACCACUACCACGAAGACCGCUGUCACCGGCACCAAUGCCUCUUCCAUCAUCCAGGAGAUCUACUAUCGUCCUGCCCUGGACCGCACCCGCGGCACACAGCUCGAGCUCCUCAUGCGCAUCCCCCCGCAUUGCACCAUCUUCCUCACCUACGACUUCGAAAAGUCUAUCCUGCGCUAUACGGAGUACCCCCCGGAUGCCAACCGCGGCUUCGACGUCGCUGCCGCCGUCAUCACCACUCGCUCUCCCCGCCGCGGACUCAACCUUCGCACCACUAGCCUUCUACUCUAUCUCCCUACCCCGGACUUUAGCAUGCCGUACAACGUCAUCAUCUUCACCUCCACCGCCAUCGCUCUCACCUUUGGCGGGCUGUACAACAUUCUCGUACGGAGGCUCGUCGGCGCCGACGAAGCUCCCCCGCCGGUUCUCAAGGCGAAAUUGGCCGCCCUCAUGGGGCGCCUUAGGAGUGUAAAGAAGUAGGCGGGCGUAUGACUAGCGUGUGCCAUGGCAUUUGACUAGAUCUAAUCAAGAUACGCCUAUAAUGACUGCGUCCUUUGGCCAAUGUUGGCGUGCAGGUUGAUUGGUCCCUUCAGACUUUCACGCUUGCGGGCACACGAACAGGAGCAUGGUGACAUCACGGUCUGAUUCGCUAUGUAUUUUCACUCAUCUGAAUGUGGACGUCCCGGGCUUGCGAACCUCGUACUCGACAUGAGUCGGCCGCGCUGCUAGCAUCAUGCCUCGCGUCUCCUACUCAAAACUCAGCCUUGCUCGCAUCCCACGUCCCGCGCGGCAGCCUAUAAGUGGCAGAGAAUAUUGACAAAGAAAUCAAGACAAUGCGGGCCCCUCGGGCGUUUAGCACACGCCGGCAGGAACAUCGAAGCUCUCGACGCGGUUGGUCGAGCCGUAUCUAGCGCCCUCACCGAGGCCACGCUUCGCAAACGCCUUCCACAACUCGCACUGGUUGCCUCCAUUGGUGAGAGCCUUGUCCGCGUCGAUGAUGGCGUCGCGCGCGGAGACCAUGUUGGGGUUGCACGGCUGGAUGGCCAUGCCGCCAAUGAUGAGCUUCAUGGUGAGGUAGCGGCCGUCCUUGGGGACGCCAGCCGAGUCAAACUCAGGGAAGUCCUUGUCGGUGAUGCCGUGCUUGUCGAUGAGGUUCCAGAUGACCUCGUACAGGACGGUGCCCCAGAUGGUGCCCAUGGCGUGCACCUCGCGCUGCUGGUUGGCAUCGGCGUACGUGUAUGGGUUCGUGUUGGUGUUGGUGGAGUAGGGAUAGGCG